CCAGUGCAAAAGAAGCGAGCAGAUUCUUCUUGCGAGGUGUCGAUUCGACAGAGCAGUGCGCGGUGUGCUGAUAUUUUUUCGUGAGUGAUCUUUGGGAAAAGAAAAUUUUUACGCAAGCCGAGCGGAAAAAAAGCAACGCGAACCAGUUACAGUAAAAUUCGACGUGCGAAAAUUUCUCACUAGUUUGGUGUUCGAUCGCGGUUGUUGGUGCGAAUUUUCCGCAGACAAAGUGGGGAAAGUAGCUACGGUCGAAAAGGCGAUUCCCUUCUGCUCAAGUUGCAAUCGAAUGUCGGGGUGCCGCGGCGGAUAGAUUUUUCUUCUGCGGGAUCCGCGAGAGUGAUGACAGUGUCGGAUGAGUGAGCAGCGAAAAAGGUUGGAAGUGCCGUUACCUUGCUAGGUGGACCCGCGGUUGUGCAAGAAUCCUUUUCGGUUAGGUUCCGCCGGAGUGCGAGAAAUUUGGGAUCCGAUUCCCAGUAAGAGUAAUACAAGGAUGCUGAAAAGGUGAAGAAAAACGGUGACGACGACUGCAAAGGAAGAAAAGAAAAAAAAAAGUGGAGCUCACUGUCGACUACAACUACUAGCCGUAGCGGCCACAGAAGGAAGAAGAAGUGGCUGCAGCCAAAGUAGCGGAAGAAAAUUGCUCUCGGGGCGAGUUUCUUUUUUUUCGCACCGUGUCAUUACUGCUGGAACACGGCCUGACGGUACGGAACUGACCCGCGGUGCAGAUAUUCUCGGAAUCUGGGUGGGAUCGGCACUCCGCCGGCAGUUUCCACCGGCUGUAGAGCAUCAUCGAUUGUGGCCGCAGCGACUACUGUUACGACGCAUGCGUGAAACGUAGAAGAAGAUGCAUUGAAAGGAAAGAAAAUACUGGAAAAGUGCAUGGUAUCGAUAAAAUAGUUUCUAUAGUGUCUAGGGAAGAGAAGGCAGCAAACUAGUGUUAGUGCAAAAAUCAUCAUUCACAAUAAUUUAAAAAGAAGUAAAAGUGAUAAACGAGUGCGAAGAAAGAAAAAAAGCAUCUACCAAGUAUUAUCAUAUUGUAUAUUACAAAGAAAAUAUCAAAGAGGUAAAAAAUAUUGCAUUAUCUUUAAAGGAAGCAAAAGUUAGCACAAAAGAAAAUACAAAAAACCACGCAAUCGUGGAGCUUAGUGUGAGUGCGCGUGUGCUUGUUCCCCAUCGGUGAUCGGUGCGACGUUUGGCGAGUAUGCAUGAGUGUGUAUGAGUUGACCUGCCCGAACAGCAGUCGCUUGUUACUGUUAGUGCAACAGCAAAACAUCAGCUAGAUAUAGCAGGAACAACAGCAGCAGACGGCGACUACUGGUGUAUCUAUCCCUAUAUCGCCACUACCGGGCAACAAAUAGCAACAACAACAACAACAACCACCACCAACAGAGUAAACAAACACAACACAACACAGCAGCAGCGUGACAAUGUCGUCCGGAACAUUCGUCGACCGAAUCGAUCCGUUCGCCAAACGUUCGCUCAAAAAGAAAGGCAAAAAAUCUCAGGGUUCAUCGCGGUACCGAAGUUCACAGGAUGUUGAGUUGCAGCAGCUGCCGUCGCUAAAAGUGGACUGUUCCAGUUUAGAGCAGGAGGAGCUGUUCAUCCGGAAGCUGCGGCAAUGUUGUGUUUCGUUCGACUUCAUGGACCCGCUGUCGGAUCUCAAGGGCAAGGAAAUCAAGCGGGCGGCGUUGAACGACCUGUCGGCGUACAUCACACAUGGCCGCGGUGUGCUGACGGAGAACGUCUAUCCAGAAAUUAUCAAAAUGAUAUCUGUGAACCUUUUUCGAACGCUCCCGCCCAGUGAAAACCCGGAUUUCGAUCCGGAAGAGGACGACCCGACACUGGAGGCGUCCUGGCCCCAUCUUCAGCUUGUGUACGAGGUGUUCCUACGCUUCCUAGAAUCGGCUGACUUCCAGGCGACCUUCGGCAAAAAGGUGAUCGACCAGAAGUUUGUGCUCCAGUUACUGGAACUGUUCGAUUCUGAAGACCCAAGGGAGCGUGAUUUUUUGAAAACCGUAUUGCACCGUAUAUAUGGCAAAUUUUUAGGAUUACGUGCUUUUAUUCGUAAGCAGAUAAAUAAUAUAUUUCUACGUUUUAUAUACGAAACGGAGCACUUCAACGGAGUCGGUGAACUGCUUGAGAUUCUGGGAAGUAUAAUCAACGGCUUCGCCCUGCCGUUGAAAGCGGAACACAAGCAAUUCCUGGUGAAGGUGCUGCUACCGCUACACAAGGUGAAGGUGUUAUCGCUGUACCACGCCCAGCUCGCGUACUGUGUAGUGCAGUUCCUGGAGAAGGACGCCUCGCUGACGGAACCGGUGGUGCGCGGGCUGCUCAAGUUCUGGCCAAAGACCUGCUCCCAAAAGGAGGUGAUGUUCCUCGGCGAGAUCGAGGAAAUCCUGGACGUGAUCGAGCCGCCACAGUUCGUCAAAAUCCAGGAACCACUGUUCCGGCAGAUCUCCAAGUGCGUCUCGAGUCCGCACUUUCAGGUCGCCGAGCGAGCGCUCUACUUCUGGAACAAUGAGUACGCGAUGUCGCUGAUUGAGGACAACAAUGCCGUCAUUAUGCCGAUUAUGUUCCCGGCGUUGUACCGGAUUAGCAAAGAGCACUGGAACCAGACGAUCGUGGCCCUCGUCUACAAUGUGCUGAAAACGUUCAUGGAGAUGAACUCCAAACUGUUCGACGAGCUAACCGCCAGCUACAAAGCGGAGCGACAGAAAGAGAAGAAACGGGAGCGAGAACGGGAAGAACUGUGGAAGCGAUUGAACGAGCUCGAGGUUGCCCGCCGACCAGAUGGUGCCGGCGGCGUGAUAGCAGACGGACCCGGCGGUUCCUCCCUAACGACCAGCUCCGGGUCUCAGCUGAAUCCCAACGCGCUAUCUUCCGCCACAUCCACAUCGUCGUCCUCGUCGCCGUCGUCUGUUACAUCCGCUAGCAAUUUGGGCGGUGCCGGGGGAGCCGCGUCGCAACCACCGCCCCCAGGCUCGCUUACCAGUCACCAGCCUACGUCAACCUCCGUUACGACUCCCAAUGCCGCCACCAACAAUACCGCUGCAGCGCCGCUAAGCAAGUGAUGUACUGAAUAAUAUUACUUUUAAAACCCUCCCCUUCCCUAACCACAACAAUGAAACACAGAAAAUAUACACACAUACACACACAUACCAUCAUGCCCCUGGCUAUGCUCCGCCCUGCUUCACCCCUCCAAAGGGUGUGUCUUACUUCCUUCUACCAACCAAAAACAAAAGCCGAGAAGCUUCCCAUCUCAUUACGCUCCGCCUUCUUUCUUUCAUGCGCACACCACCAUUACACUCUACUACACAUUUAUCAUGCACACGAAUACAUUCUCACACGGACAAGCGCACUCAAAAAUCGGUUUUCGCCUUUCUGUUGAUCGUUAAAACUCGCAACACUUACGAACCCUAUACAGUGUGAAGGAAAAAAAAUCAAGAAUGUUUGAUAGUUUGUAAUAAAGGAAAAUAUUGUCGAAUGCAAGGCAACAAAAUGUGGACAAACAACAACUAAAAUUUUACAAAUAAAAGUUCGAACUGUUCGAAGCCAUCCUUUUUGACAGGACGAUACAAACAAGCCGAAAAAGUAUGUUACAUGGCUUGAAGAGACGAGAGAAAGUGAGUGUUUUUCAAUUUAUUUAACUAUGCGGAUGGACAUUUAGAAAACAAGGGACACACAUCUAAUACACACAAAACUGAAAAAAAAACGAGGUGAUCAACACAAAACGAUGGAGAUCCUUUCGAAGCACGUGUAAAAGCAAUUAUAUGAACCAAAGGCGACGCAUUAUACUCAACUGGAAACCGAAGUGUCAACAAUGUUGUAGCAAUUGAAUGGAAGUUUUGCUUUCGAAUUCUAAUAAACAAAAAAAAAACACCUCCCUAGAGUGUCACCACAAAUAACGAUAGAAUGGACGCAAACUCGUUUAGGUUCUUCUUUUUACCAAAAAAAAAAUACAUGAUAACAAUAAAAGGUGGUUUGUACAACGGUAGCGUGAGAACUGAGAGGUAAAAUGGCAGCCAUAAUAAAUAGUAAAGUUGUCUAUUGGCCAAGGUACACAAACUGGAACAAAUUACACAUACACACAUAUGAGAGCAUAUAUGGCACUUGUAGUACGAUCACUGGCGUUCUAAGCAUGAUUUUUGUUGCACACUCGAGUACUUUUGAUUGUUCUACAUAGCACGAGUAAAAACACGUUUCACUUAUGAGGAUCGAUUCAGAUAAUUUUUAUUGUAAUUCCAAAUCAUUUCAAUUUAUUAGAUUUUUUAUUUUUGAAAGUGCGAUUUGAAACUUAAAUGGAUAUUAUUAUCCAAUAUGGGAUAUAUGUACAUGAAGGCACAGGAAGCAUAUGCCCCAGUUAAUUUCAAAACUGAACACCGGAACCCUGAAUGGCUUGUGGCUCAAUUGUGAAUCACUACUACAGCCGGAACAAAUUCUAUGUUCAACUCCUGAUUGGCGAAUUAUUAUGCACUGUACAAGCAGGACAAUACUGGCAAGGGAAGAUGCUUCAAAAUCCUAUGUUGGCAGAUAAAUAAUAAAUAAAAAGGGCUUCACUCACUGGAGCUUUUUUUUAGCGAAUGCGAAUUGCUGGGUCUUUCAUAAAGUUUCACACAGUCUACUUGGUCUCACUUUCCUCUCUGCAAGAACGCCAGUUUACCUUGAAAUCUGUGUUUCGUGACUUUUGGAGGUUCCGGUCAACGAUUGUCCAUUUUUUUUCCAUUUGGCGAAGCUCAGGCGUGUUCGGAGGGUGCAUGUCCUUGGAUACCACCUGUAAGUUGUUUGCAGCGUAGGUACCUUUUUCCGCAAUCUCAAGAUGCCAAAUCCAACCAAAACAGAAUAGAAUAAUUGUGUUGCUUGAGGAAAGGCAAUUCUUUUUAAAACUCUGCCUCUGUUCGGAUUUUUGCGAUGCGCGAGCAAAAUCAGAAUAAAGGCUCCCCCAGACCUAAUCGAUUACAUCGCCGCGACGGCAACAACUGGUCGCCGCGAUUCUAUCGUUGGGUCGCUGCAGGAAAUGUUCUAUUUACGCUUCCAUACUAACGGCGACAGAAUCGCUGUCGCCUUGCGCCUCACAGAGAUUUCUUCGAGCGAAAAACUGCUGCAGACCACGAUCUUUCGAUAGUUCCUUGCCGUGCUGGCCCAGAUUUUUGCACUGAAACUCGUUUUACUGUGAAGUGUUUUUAAUCCUUAGUCAGGGCUUAGACGAAUUAAGCAAUGAAGGUGAAAACAAAUAUUUCAGCACUAAACAUUCCCACGAAUAAGUCAGCUCCAUGAUAAAACAGUUUCAAAGCGCCUAGUGAAGAAUGCUUUCUUGCUCCAUAUGGCACUGGCGAACGAAACAGUUCGAGAGAGAAGUUAAUGUUUAAUCGUGUGUAUAAUGCCGGGUUAAAGAUGUGUCGGACGCUUUGGUUUACACAUCGUCCUUUAGCGUCAAGGUCACCUGUGUCGUCGUACAAAGAUUAGAAACUUGUUUGUUUUUUGUUCAACCUUCCGGGACUCGCAUGAUCCUGGAUCAUUCACGGAGUCUCGCCGUUCUUGGGAUCGAUAAGGCUCGAUGCCCACGUAGCGUAUUUUCGAAGCAGAGUGCACGCGGCGGAAAAACGACGCAAGUGUGCAUUGGGAAAAAGCGGUAACGCAGCGUCGCCACGCCGAUGCACUAUUUAAACGCUGCGUGCACGUGGCGUUGGAAUAACGCUACGUGGGCAUCGGCCCUAAGCGUGCUAUUUGUGAAGGUGUUGUACUUUUUACAACGGUGCAAGUCCCGGGAGGUUAACAUGACCCGGGUAGAAGAAAACAGCAAAAUAAUAUCAAAUUUUACUAUUAAUAUAUGAAUAACUGAAUAGCAAAAUUUGAUAUUAGUUUGUUUGAUAUAGUUGCUAAAAUAGCAAAAAUAAUAACAGACAUUGUUCUAGAAAAUAACUCAUAAAUAACUGAUUUUGCUAUUAUAAUAACAAACCAAUAGCAAAAUAUUUGAAGAAAAGAAAAUAUCAAAAUCAGUUAUUCAGUUAUCAGUUAUUAUUGAUAUGUUGAAAAUGCAAAUGAUAAAUGAAUAACAAACUUUGCUAUGAUUGCAAAAUUUGUUCUUUAUUUGUUGUUCUGCUCCUUCUUAUAAUAACAUAUAAAUAACUAAUUUUACUAUUAUAACAAAAUUUGUUGUUGGGAUGCUAUUUUAUGUUAUUAAUAAAUAACAUAGGAAUAACUAAAUCUGAUAUCAUAGCAAAAUUUGUUAUUAUUAUGUUAUUUGUUUGUUAUUCACCUCUACCCGGGGAACCACCUUGAAGAAGAAUAAAAAUGGUACGUCCCAUUGCCCAAAUUUGCCGAGUAGGUCUGAGACCAGGACGUUGAUAGACAGAUUUGAAAAACGAUUGUAACAGUCACCUUCUCUCUGUUACCCGAUGUUGCAAUCUGAACAUCAGAAUCCGUUUUUGGCGAACCAAUUUUAAUCCUGAUUUACAUUUGUAACAACCACAAUCUUGCUUGAUUGUUUAUUGCGGUUUACUUGCUUCCCUUUGGCUGGCUUUGAAAGUUUAUUAGAUGAAAAACAGCUGCAAGACCAAGAACAAUUCUUAUGAUGACUUCGGUGUACUCUUUUUAGAACGGAUUGAUUUUUUCUUCAUAUUGGACUGACUUAGACUAUGUACUAGAGUGGGGCGUCAUGGUCAUUUUUUCAAAUCAAAGGUUUUUUAAAGCCAUUCUGGGUCCUGAAAAAUUGUGCAGAAUUUUGGACCGAUUGGUUGCUUCCUCGCUUUCCGCAUCGCGUUUGAAGUUUGUAUAGAAAUUAGUAUUGGAGAACGUAUAUUUUUGCAUUUCUUCUAGUAGAGGUUUCAGUUCAUCGUAAACCAAGUGGCACAUUGCGUUAAAGUAUAACCUAAGGGAUGCCGAAAAACUUUGCUGAAGAAGGCACGUUGCUGGAACGUCCACGAAAAAAGUUAUAGCGCUUCGAAGAUUGAGUGUUCAAACCAUAUGCAAAAAAUCGUUUAUUCUGCCAGCACUGCUGAACUACGUAGACCAAUAAUUUAACUGAGUGUUAUUUCAAAAUAAUUGAUCUUAUAGGGCUUUAGAGCUAAUGGGGGCUAUCCAGAAUCAUUUCACAAAGAAAAAAAUCCGACAAGAAGGAAGAUGGAUUUUGCCCUUCGAUAUCCAUAGGUCGUCCGGUAGUGCUGGCAGAAACAUUGAUUUCUUGCAUAUGGUUUGAACAAUAAAUUUUCUAAACGUAAUAACAUUUUUUGUAGGCCUUCCAGCUACGUACCUUCUUCGGCAAAGUCUUUCGGCAUCUUCCAGACUAUAUGCUAACGUAUUGAGUCACGUGAUUGAUGAUAAAUUGAAGCCGCUAAUAAAAAAAAUGUACAAAAGUACGUUUUCCCAUACUAAUCUUCAUGUAAAUUUAAAACGCGAUGCGGCAUGCGAGGUCGCAACCAAUCGAGCCCAUAUUUUGCACAGUUGAUUGGGGUCCCAAAACGAUUAAGAAAAACCUUGAUCUCACUUGAUCGGACGAAGUUUGCGUUUUUCCAUACAACUGCGCCCCACUCUACUAUGUACAGACAAAAUUUUUACCCAUUUUUUAAUAUAUCAAUAGGAAAGUAUUACCUUUGGAAAAAUACUAAAACAAAUGUUAUUUGGUAUAGCUGAAAUGUGUGGAAACGAUAAGUUCGAAAUAAUAAGUUCUUGUUUGUUUUCAAUAGUUUCACUAUUUCCACACAAUAUAAUUUUGAUGAAUCCAUAAAGAGGGGCUAAAUAUAGCUUUUUGUUAUUGAAACAAUUCGAUAAAAGUUGGAUGGAGCAAAAUUUGAUGAGCUCUGUGCUCUACAGCUACCAUGGGAAGAAAGUUUUCUCAACCUUUAAGGGUUGUCAAUAGUCGUAUCUUCGCAAUAACUGCAAGUUGGGCAGCAUUCUUCUAACCAGGCAUCAAGCGGACGAAUCUAUAUCAUAGAUCUAUUGGUCGAAAGGACAUGGCGUCGAAGGGGCAUUAGGUCGAAAUUAAGUUUUCGGCUAACAAUUAAAGAAUUAUGUUUGGAUGCGAUUUACAAAACUUGUUACUCAUUGCUUAAAUAUUAGGGGAAAGAAUAAGCAUCUAUGAAAAGAAUAUGAAAAGCUAUGCUGAAAUUCACAUUAGACCAAAUUUCCCUCCGACCAAACGUACUUUGACGAAAUGUGACUCGACCUAACGUCAUUCGACGAAAUGUCCCAAAACCCAAACGAAAUACCUUUCUCUAGGUCGUAUACGGACUGUGUCGUUUGGUCGAAAUACAUUUAAUCGGAUGAUGCGUCGUCGAAUGGCAUGUGGUCGAAAGGACAUUACGACGAAUAGACAUUAGCUCGAAUGCCCAUUUGGUCGAAAUUAAGCUUUCGGUCAACCAUUAAUGAAUUAGCUUUGAAACAUUUUGUCCAAUGAAAUUUCGUCUAAUGACGUUUGGUCGAAAGGACGUUAACUCGUUUGGUCGAAUAUUUCGCCUAAAAAAAAUGUUUAGUCAAAGGGACAUUUGGUCCAUUGAACACUUCGUCAAAAGUUAAUUGCACACUAAAAAUACUAUCUUUCGCUUAAUUUUCACACAACAAGUAAUUAGUUCUGCCUUGAAUUUCUCUUCCAACCGUAACUCGGUAAUGAAUUACCGAAAACUAAAUUUCGACCAAAUGGCCAUUCGACUCAAUUUUCCUUCGACUACCUCUGCACUACAGUUCAUAUGUUUCUUUUUACUCCACGCAAAAGUCAGUACGACGUGAACUUCCUGAUUCGUACCAACUAUGGCUGCAGGCAUGGCUUUGAAAGUCUAGUAUGCAGACGGAACAUCCUUAUUGAUUGCAACACUCUUGCAAGAAUCAUCCACAAUCGUGAUGAUAAUACGUACACUUUGCAGUCUAAUGGAAGUAUGCGCCUAUAUCUUCUUCUUCUUAUACAUUUGUCCGCUAGCUUGUAAAGUGUUUCGAAAAAAAAACUGUUUUUUGUAAUCAAAAAAGGAUACAUUGGCAUCGUAUAAUCAUCCAAAGCACGUAUUUUUAGACGAAGAUUCAGAACAGAACAUAGAAAGAUAUCAUUUCCACCAAAAAAUGUCACAUAUGCUAUUGAUGCUCGAAGAUCCCAUCUAAGGACGUGAGAUAGACUGCGUAGUCGUUACAUCCAAUAUGUUCACGUGGAGUUGAUAAUUGAAGAAAGAAUCACUCGAACACGAGCAAGCGAUCCUGCAUGAGCGUUCCAGGACUGCACACGUGCUGAACAGUCGUUAAGAGGUCAGCGCCUUUUUGAUUAAUCUCGUGGGUGUCAAGCAAUUAUAUAGAUCAAUGGAUAAUGUGGAGAAAAAAUUUAUAAUAAACCAUUGAUAUUGACAAGCUUUUGAAGGUUAGAAGUGUUUUGACUGAACAUUAGAUUAUCUUCAUAUUUGAUUGAAACGUAAAUCCAAUCCAGCAGACGGAUUUUAAAUUUGCAAAACAUGAACAAAAAGUGCAUGAAACUUAAGAGAAACUUUUUUUUUUCUGUAUGGUUGGUGCGUUGUUACUCGUUCUUUUAAAAAGGAGAAAAUGCGACAACUUAUCCCACCCUUAAACUAUGUAUAUUAAAAGCCUGGACCGCCAUCAAGCCAGCAUUGGGGCUAAGCAAACAGACGAAUCUUUAAAUUAAAACACUAAAAAUAAGAAGCAAUAUUGCCAAAAAAAGGAGAAUGACGAGCUAAGACUAUUGAAAAAGAAAAUUUCUAAAUUCCGAAGGGCAAUGUGAUCGAGUUUUUUUUGUCACAGGAGAAAACAUUACAUGAUGUGGUGAUACAAUCACACAUCAUUCAUAUGAUGAUAUUUGGGCUUAUUCUACGAGUGGAGUGACGUGAGAUUGCUCGAAUGACGUGAGAAGAGUCGUAAAGCCCCAUUUGAAUAACAUGGUCACCUCACGUGAGAAUUGCUAAAAUCGACUCACCUCAUGUCACUCGACUCGUAGAAUAAGCCCAAUUGAUAUCUCUUAAUGAUAAUUGCUUCAUAGUUCGUCCUGCUAAUCUCUCGAUCAUCCCGAUCACCCAAUUUGAAUAUGAUCAUUCCAUCAUCAGAAUUUCAAAAGUCACUACUUAUUACAUGUUAGGCGAGAAGACGGAAUUAUUUUAGGCGAGUUUUGUUAUUCAUCAUUUAAGACCUGCGACCGUGCUUAAAGGCGAACUCCUUCCAUCAGAUAUCAAUCAAUUCGAUAUAUCUUUUGAAUAUUUUUUUAUAGUGUCUCAUCUCACUGCCACUGGUGGAGCGAGCCACUGCUAUUUGAUGGGGCACCACUUGAUGCAAGAACGUUGCCUUUGAGAACUAAAUCGUACUUGCGACGAGUAGUGCCCUUCCUCUGGCUCCGCCAGUGCUCCCAGCUAACGCUAUUCUAUCUUACAGCUGACCAUUUGCACACACGUAGAUACAAACAAAUUGAUAAAUACAUUAGAAUCUUCGGUAAACAGGAAAACAAAAUAAAUAAUCCGAAUCCUCCAAACAGCAAACAAAAGGAAAACAACAGUUCUUCAUUGUAAUAGGAAAAACAAAAAAAAACUCAAUAAAUGCGAAAAAAUGUCUAGAGUUUAUUGUGGACGAAAUAUGAGUUGGACGUACAUUCAAACACAUUUAAAAUAAUCGCGUGGAAUAGUAAUUGUAACUUAAUAGAAAUUUACACAAUCACACAUACACACACUCACAUACAGCGCGUUUUGUGUGAGAGCAAAACAAAAGAGGGUGCGCGAGCGAAUGAGAACAGUGCAUUGCCAGUAGCAUUCACAAAAGUACACACGAACACACCCACGUAACAGUACUACACAGUCAUAAAAAAAUGUUUUUCGCAGUUUUUUUUGUUUCGAUUAGAAAUCCCACAAGCACAUACCCUUACAUGUCACGCUGAGGCGAUGGUAGAAGAAAAAAAAAGUUGUAUUUGUUGUAGUUAUAUUAAAAUUAUGAUUAUCAUUAUUAUUACUAUUAUCAUUGCUAUUCACAAAUACACACACACAUGAUAAACUAGGGUGGUAGUAAAAGAAGAAGAGUGAGUGCGGUGGUGCAUGAAUGACUGCUGCGGGCAUGGGCGAGUAAGACAUUUAGGAAUAAAACAAUGGCAAAAAAACAAGUGAUUGUAGUGUUCUUGGAAUUGUUUUUUCGAUGGCGGAAAAUAUCAUUAAAAUAUUACUAUACACACAAUCGCUCACCAACAUUCACUUUCAUACACACACACACAUACCAACACAAUACGUUUUCGAUUAUCCACCGUAAGUGUGUGUAAUCGCGAAAAAGUAAAAUUAAUAAUUGUUCCAUUAUAAAGAGAAAAACUAGGAUCAAACAUAUACAAAAAAAUGAGAAAACUCUUUAUUUUAAUUUAAACGCGCACGCCUGCUUUGUUCUAUAUAAAUCAUACAUCAAGUAUAAAUACUUAGACAUGUAAAUGUAUCAAAUCAGUGUGCGGGUGGUGUUGUACGGACGAUGUAAAUCUAACGAAUGAUUGUUUCAUACACACAAACAGACACAAUCAUACUUUGUUGCUGCGGUAAUGUGUGUGUGAGUGCGUGCGUCCACCAAAACAGUUAAGGGUAAAACAUGAGAGUGAGUAUGUGUGCGACCGAGCGCAUUUGCAGAAGCGCUAUGUUUUUUAGUGUUAGGCGAACAAAAAAAAACCUUAGGCGAAAAUAAAAACAAACACUUUGUGUUAGUGUGAACAAAAAUUUAACAAAGAAAACACGCUAUAAAUCACCUGUGGAAGAACUUAGGCAGCCGCAACUAUUGCUAAUACAAUUAAACAGUGAACUGUGCUUCAAACUAUCUAGAGAAAAAAAAGAGUCCUGCAAGUAAGUAACAAAGCAGGUUUAGCCUACUUAAAAAAAUUGAGAAAAUUGUGCAAAAAAAAAUACAAAGAGUUGAAAGGAAACUAACCUAGAGCAUGCGACAACCAAACAAAUAAUGCAAAACAAAUAGGAAACAUACAAAAGGCAUGCGAUGUAUCCCAAACAAUAAAAAUCGAAUAACUCAGAUACCGAAACAAACUCAAACAUUCAUUCACACUCAGUCAAAUGGUAGUACUAAACGGGCACAUCCACAAGCAACCCUAGUCGAAGUCAAAGCCGAAAAGCAACAAUGAAUCAGAAGAAUGGAUGAAGUCAAGCCUCAGACACACAUGUACGCAACUGGAAAACUAAUACAAGACUUUUGAAAACGCUACCCUGUUUUGUCAUCCCGUCCCGAGAAAUAAAAAAAAAACAAUGGAAAUCAGAUCUUAGUGAACGUGCAAUGCAAUUUCCAAUUGCUCAAACUCCCAAUCGGUUACAUGCGCCACAUCCACUCGAUUCUAUUGUUUCGCUACUUGACCCUAUUCCGAGAAUUAUCGUUGACAUAAUUUUAUUUCGAUUACCAAUAUCGACCUACUAGAACGAGUGCAGAUCGGACACGCGGAAGAGAAUGAAUGCGAAAAACGAAAGUGUGAGAAGCAAUGUGCGAACUCCUUAGGAACCCAAGAUCAUUUAAAAAUACAGAUAAAUAAUUAGUGGAAGUCAAGUCAGAAAAAAAAAGUGGAAAAUAUCCAACGUUGUUGUAUAAAUUUAAACCCUCUUAUCGAAUAAUUGCAAACAAUAGGAAACAAAUGGUGUGUGACAUGAGGAAAGAGCACAGAAAUCAAGCGCUAGAAAACAAAUUGAAAUCUGUAUAGUAAAACCCAUUUGUGGAGAGAAGGAGAAGAAUACGCGUAUGUUGUAGCAAAAAAAAAAACAAUAAAGUAAGAAAUAAGGAACCCGACUUGUGACGGACGCGACUGUGCGAAACCGACAGUAAGAAUCAGAAAGAAAGCAGAUUGAAAUGAUGAAUUACUAUUAUUUUGUAUUAUGUCGUAUCUCAAUCACGCCCGACAGGAUAGAAUAAACAAGCAAAACAGAUAAACAGCCGAAAGAAUGAAAUAUGAAUGAUGAAUAACUUCAAAUACAAACACCCACACACACAUACAUACAUACGCAUACCUAAAACGGGAAACUCACAGAGCAUUCGCGAAACGUUCGCGAAAGAAGAAAAAGUGUAGAUCAGAGAAGUUGUGACAGGCGUAGAUCAUGAUACAGCAAAACUGAUUGAAAACAAUACCGAUGAAACAAUGGAGGAUGUGAAGAAACGAGAAACGGAUCAAAGAAAAA